AUGGAUUCUAAGGUAGUUGGCAUUCUAGGAGGUGGCCAGCUUGGCCGUAUGAUUGUGGAGGCUGCGCACAGACUCAACAUCAAAACGGUGGUUUUGGACGUGGGCCAGAGCUCUGCAAAGCAGAUAAAUGCCCUUGACGAGCAUGUUGAUGGCUCUUUCAACGACCCAGAAGCCAUUGCGAAGCUGGCAGCCAAAUGUGACAUUCUCACUGUGGAAAUCGAGCACGUGAAUACAGAAGCUCUGAAGCACAUCCGUGACACCACAGGCAUUCAGAUCUACCCAAUGCCCGAAACUUUGGAGUUGAUCAAGGACAAAUAUUUACAGAAGAAACACCUGAUUGCGCACGGAAUUCCUGUGGCUGAGUCUUCAGAUGUGGAGUCUUCUGCGGAAGCUCUGGCCGCUGUUGGAGCCAGCUACGGAUACCCGUACAUGCUCAAAUCCAGAACCAUGGCCUAUGACGGUCGUGGAAACUUUGUGGUGAAGACAGCAGCUGAUAUUGCUGAGGCACUUGAUGUUCUGAAAGAUAGGCCUCUUUAUGCUGAGAAAUGGGCCCCUUUUGUUAAGGAAUUGGCAGUCAUGGUGGUUAGAGCCACGGAUGGUCAGGUGUACUCCUAUCCCACUGUUGAAACAAUCCAUGUCAAUAAUGUGUGUCACACGGUAUUUGCUCCUGCCAGGGUCAACGACACUAUCCAGAGAAAGGCGCAGAUUAUGGCAGACAAUGCGGUAAAGUCGUUUCCUGGAGCUGGUAUUUUUGGGGUGGAGAUGUUCCUUCUCGCCAAUGGAGAGCUAUUGAUCAACGAGAUUGCUCCACGUCCUCACAACUCUGGCCAUUACACGAUUGAUGCUUGUGUGACCUCCCAGUUUGAAGCCCACGUCAGAUCUAUCACCGGAUUGCCCAUGCCAAAGGGAUUCACGUCGUUUGCUACCACCAGCACGAACUCGAUCAUGCUGAAUGUCUUGGGUGCUGAGCAACCAAACGGAGAGAUGGAGGAUUGCGAGAGAAGACUGGCGUAUAUCGAGGGCAAAGCAGCAACAGUUGUUGGCGAGGAGGCUGCCACGAAAGAAAAGCCUUUGGUGGGCGUGAUUAUGGGUUCCGACUCAGACUUGCCUGUGAUGUCACUUGGAUGUAACAUCUUGAAACAAUUUGGUGUUCCCUUCGAAGUGACCAUUGUCUCUGCACACAGAACUCCUCAACGCAUGACCAAGUAUGCAAUGGAUGCUCCUAAAAGAGGACUCAAGUGUAUUAUUGCUGGAGCAGGAGGAGCGGCUCAUCUUCCAGGAAUGGUUGCUGCCAUGACUCCGUUGCCGGUGAUUGGUGUUCCCGUCAAGGGCUCUGUUCUUGAUGGUGUAGACUCACUCCACUCGAUUGUGCAGAUGCCACGCGGGAUUCCGGUGGCUACUGUGGCCAUUAACAACGCUACCAAUGCGGCCCUUUUGGCAAUCCGCAUUUUGGGGGCUGUUGACGGACAUUGGCUCGACAAGAUGAGUGCAUACAUGUCCAAUAUGGAGGAUGAGGUCUUGGAAAAGGCAGAGAGACUCGAGACUAUUGGUUACGAGGAAUACUUGAAAAAAUAA